GAUCUUCUAAACGGUAGAAAUCAGUUUUCAAAGAUUUCGCCCGCGAACGUCAACAUAUCUGUGUGCAUGUAGUUUUCAUUUAAAAUACAGUGUUACUUUACCUUUAGAAAUCGCCCUUCGCAACCACACGGCUGGGUAUUAUCGUUCCACACAGGCCUCCGUAUAGUAGAAUUCGACCUUUGAACAAGGUGCAGCAUUGGCCAUGUUCAUAUCAUACACACACACUGGUUGAACUUGUAUUGCAUGGCGUUGGCUGUUACAGACAAACGGAACUAUCUGUACGUAUCGUACGCAUAAAACUGCAAGGCAAGACGCGAUGGCGCUGUCAGUUUCGACAAAAGACCCUUUUUCUAACCUGCCGAAUGAGUUGAAGGUUCUCGUACUUCAACAUCUUUCAGCUGAGGACCUGUGUCGCGUGGCAUUAUGUAAUCGAUCAUGGAGAGAGGCCGCCAAUCACGAUGCUCUAUGGCGCCCUCUUUGUCGAGAGAAGCGAUGGGAGAAGUUUGAUGCAGUCGUAGAUCUUUGUGUUGAACCCCCGUUCAUACCUUCGUCACCUCAACAUGGCGGGGAUGGAGGCGUUGGUGACGGUGUCACCUUUGCCUUUGAUUCGGUUGUCUCUGGUUUAAACUGGCCAGGGUUGGUAAAUACAUGUAGAUGGAAGGAGAUAUACAUGAAGGCACGACAUCUUGAAGGAAAUUGGAAGAACAAUCGGUAUCGCGUUGUCUCGUUUCAUUUUGGCUCAGCUGGCUACGAGGGAAACAAAGAAUAUGUCGGCUCUGAACCCGAGUUGACAUUACGCAGCCUAGCUUGUGACGGGAAUAGUCUUGCCGGUGCUCUCUCGAAUGAUACUUUGCAUAUCUGGGAUAUCACCAGCGGAAAACGUCGACAUUUCAUCAAAGUGGACGUCAGUAAAGGACAAAAGGCCCUGAAAAUGAAGAAUGGCAUCAUAGCUGCAGGAUGCAUUGAUGGUAAGAUUCGUAUGUACUGUGCCGUGACUGGGGAGCAGCUGCAAGCGAUGUCGGGGCAUCGUUUGGAGGUGUUUUGUCUCUUCUUUGAUGGUGACACUAUCGUGAGUAUUGCGGGGAAGUCAGACAGGGAUAGGGAGGUACGUGCUGACAGUGAUAUACGGGUCUGGAAUGCUAAAGACGGUACAUCUCGUUUCGUCUUUGAGAGCACCUCCGAUGACGUCCGACUGGUUUACGUGGACUAUCUUGACAAGACAGUUGCAGGUGCUUACAGCGACCGUAAGAUUCGCUUAUGGGAUGCACAGAGUGGUGUCUGUAAGCAGACGAUUGUCAGUGAUGCCAAUGACAUGAUUUCCUGUCACCUUGGGGAUGGCAUCGUGAUGAGUGCCAAUCGUGGAAACGUCAUCAAGGUAUGGAACGUUGAAUCGGGGGAGUGCAUCAGACACUUUGACGUGCCUGGUGUAGACUUUGAAGAUUUGGACCCAUAUGAUGAAUCGUUCUCCUUUGAGUUUAACGGCGAAUUUCUCUUUGCCACAUCGGAGGACUCAAAUGUGAGAUUGUUCAAUCUCGAUGGCAAAUUCAUUGGAGACACCAAGUCGUAUGAUUUUGCUGAAGAGUACAACCUUUGCAUCCGUUGUGUCCUUGGCAAUAAAUUUAUUGCGUCUGCGGAGGUAGGUGGAGGCCCGAUGUACCUGUGGAGCAUUAACGACCCUGAUGCUGGUUUCCGGUUGAUCAACCCGUUGAGAGGUAUGAUGUGUGACGAUGAGGUUAAUGAUGUCUAUUCAGCAGCGUGGAUGAGCGAGACCAAACUUGCAUUUGUUCAGUACUUUGACAUGGAUAAGGAGGGGUUUUGGAGCAUCCAAAUACCAGAGAUCAUUGUUCACCAUUAUUGGUGAAGAGGAGCAUGGCAAGGAUCGUCACUUUGAGUCACCAAACUGACAACGCUUGCCAGGCAACUCUUCAGAGGACCACAUGCACAAUAGAUGGA